UCCUCCUGUUCUGUGUUCAGACAAGAAGCUUGUCACCAUGGCUCUUUCCAGCAGCUCAAAGUAUGAUUGCAUUGUGAUAGGGGCUGGAAUUCAGGGAUCAUUCACAGCCUACCAUUUAGCUAAAAGCGGAAAGAAGACCCUGCUGCUAGAACAGUUUCCCCUGCCUCACUCCAGAGGAAGCUCUCAUGGGCAGACACGCAUUAUCCGCAGAGCAUACCCAGAAGAUUUCUACACCGACAUGAUGGAGGAGUGCUACCAGCUUUGGGCAGAAGUGGAGAGAGAAUCAGAGACCAAGCUGUACAGAAAAACAGGACUUUUGGUCCUGGCCAAUGCUGGUAAUCAUGCGUUUGAAGUCGUCUGUGAAAACAUGAAACAAAGACAGAUACCAUGGGAAUCUCUGAGUCAGGCAACAUUUAAAAUGAGGUAUCCUGGAUUUUCUAUAAAGCCUGGAGAAGAGGUCUGCAAUGAUAUCAAUGGUGGGGUCUUGUAUGCUGACAAGUCACUGAGGGCUGUACAGGGCCUUUUCCAACUCAUGGGAGGGGUCAUUCAUGACGGUGAGAAGGUGACACACAUUGAGCCUGGUCCAGUGGUUAUUGUGUCAACCACCUCCAGUACGUAUGAAGCAGAGAAACUUGUAAUUACAGUAGGACCAUGGGCCAAGAAAGUCCUUAGUCCCCUUGGACUUCAACUCCCCCUAAAGACACUGAGGAUUAAUGUAUGUUACUGGAGAGAGAAGAAUCCUGGGGAUUCUGGAAUCCUUCAGAAUUUACCAUGUUUCCUGGGUAUGCAGUUAAAUGGAGAUCAACGUGACGUUUAUGGUCUACAGUCGCAGGAGUAUCCAGGGCUAAUCAAGAUUUGUUAUCAUCAUGGAAAUGAGGCAGAACCUGAAGAGCGUGACCUUCAAGUUAAAGACCCCAAAAUCCCUGACAUCCAGAUACUUCGCAGCUUCAUCAGCAAUUAUCUUCCUGGUUUGCAUCCUGAACCUGUCGUAGUAGAGCAAUGCAUGUACACGAGCACCCCUGAUACAAACUUUAUACUGGAUCAUCACCCACUUCACAAAAAUAUUGUCAUUGGCGCAGGGUUUUCAGGUCAUGGAUUUAAGUUAUCCCCUGUGGUGGGAAAGAUCUUGAGUGAGCUCUGCAUUGGCACAAAGUCAACCUACGAUCUCAAGCCAUUCCAAAUAGCUCGUUUCCAAAACCAGUAAAAAUCAGUUUUGUAACAGAAAAAUCGCAGAGAUGGAAAAAAUAUACCAAGAAAUUUAACUGUCAAUUUCAAAAUGUCUCUAUGUCGGAUACAACUGUUUUGUUCAGGCAACUGUGACAAGGUCCUUUAAAUGGUCCAUUUGUCUUAUUUUCAGAAUUGCCAGUUGACAUCUAUUUCAUACUCUAAACAUAGGGCUACCCGUAUAUCUGCUGUGUGUUUUGUUCAAUAAAAGAAGCAUGCUAACAACAUUUACCAAAGGUACUUUAUUAUUGAUGAUCCUAAUCAUCUCACAAAGUGAACCUUAACCCAUUAAAACCUUAAUGACA